AAUUCGUACCACUGUGUGACAACAAGAUGGCGGCCCCCAUAGAAAACGUGAUUGAGGGAGCAAAUGAAAACAUUGACAUGUGCGAAAUAGAAGCGACAGUUGCAACUGGUUUUGAACAAAUAGCAAAAGAGGAAGUGGAAGAAAAGUUCGGAAUAACAGCAAGAGCUGCGAGGGGGAAAGUCAUGGCCAUAGUACCAGUGAAAGAUGUCAAAAAGUGUCUGGAACUAGGGUGUGUAGACAACAUCAGGGUGCUAAUGUCCUCCUGGAAGAACAUCCAGUUUCCUGAAGACAAGUUGGAGUGUAUGAGGAAGCUGCGUGAGUUGGUGCGGGAUGUUGACUGGGAACAGGGACUGAAGGUGUGGAAGCAGGUGUAUACAUUCCAGCAUCCCAUCCUGUCCACCCCCGUCAGUGACACUGUGGACAUGGGGGGACCCUACCUCACCUCCAGAGAAAACCUGCCCAAGAAACAGCCCAAGAAGAAAGGUGGGAAGUUUGGAAAGAAGGACAAGUUCGGCAAGAAAGGGAAAGACUGGAGAAAGAAGGAUGAAAGGCAGAAUGGAGGAUCUGGUGAUGCUGGAAAACCUCCUGACCGUCAGUUUAUCAGCAAUCAAGGUCAAUAUGUUGACGGUCGAGGCUGCCAUUAUCGAGGGGUAAUUGAUGGCCAGUUUGAUGAUGCCGAUUCAGACGCUGACAAGUCAGGGAUCAAGGAGUUGAGUUCACAAUCAGAAAUAGUUGUGAAAACAGAAGAAGAAACAGAUCUGAGUUCAGGAGUUUCCAAAAUGACACUGGGAAACAAGGACACUGAGUCUAACGAAAAUGUCAUGGAGGAGAAAGAAACUAACAAUGUAUGUGCUGACGUGAAAGAAAGUGAUCCUUCUAUAGAAUCCGGUGACGAAAAUACAAAGAAAGUGGAUGAAGAAACUGUACAGCCUAGUGAAGCUACCUGUCCUCCCUCUGAUCAGAACCUGUUAUCCAACACGAAGGAGCAGGUAGAUGGUCAGAAGCCAUCUUCCCCUCCAUCAAGUCCCCAGAAGCCAUCGUCCCCUCCAUCUAGUCCUCAGAAAACACCCUCCGAAACCUUGAGUCCUGAGAAACCCCGAGAGAAGCUGGUGCCCCACAAUCCACUCAUGCCAUCAUUCCGAGUGACGUGUAACCGAGCUGGUGAGGGUCACAACUUCGACUCCAUGUGCGCUGCUGCCAACUUCGGCGGCGCUGUGCAGAACUACUUCGGCUGGAACGUGGACAUGAAGAACUUUGAGGUGGAGGUGAUCCUGAACAUCGAGUGGACGGACAUGUCGGUGUGCAUAGGCCUCACCAAGGGGAGUCUACAUCACAGAAACAUCACAGUGUUUGGUGCCACUACGCUCAGACCCACCAUCGCCUGCAACAUGCUCAGAUGUGUAAGACCCCAGCCUGGAGAUGUGGUGUGUGACACUCACCCCAUGAAGGGUGUGGCAGCUGACAGUAUCCCCAUACAGGCUGCUCGAGGUUGGCCUGAAGCAUUCCAUCUGAGUGGAGAGAAAUUCCCUCUGGCUGUCGACAGGACUGUGCAGAAUGUGGCAGCUCUCAACAAGGAACUGAGCUCUGACAAUAAAUCGCAAAUUGCAGUCGAUGCUGGAUACUGGGAUGUGACUUACCUCCCCUUCAAAGAGAGCAGCGUGGAUGUUUUCAUAACCGACUUGCCCUUCGGCAAAAGGAUGGGCUCAAGAUUCAACAACACAAAGCUGUACCCAGAGGCCCUGAUUGAGAUGACGCGGGUGUGUCGCCCUGGGAGUGGUCGAGUCUGUCUCCUGACCCAGGACAAGAAGUGCAUGAUCAGGGUAAUCCAAUCUCUUGGUCGCUACUGGCAGCGGCGCAUGAUUUUAAGCAUCAACCUGGGUGGUCUGGCAGCAGGGGUGUACCUCCUCAACAGAACACUCAACCCAGUAAUCAAGGGGGAGACAACUCCUUCCACAACCCAGGAGGUGACAGCAAAGUGCAGGGACUUCCGUUCAGCCAUGCCCUCUGAUCCCCGCUCAGGCCAUGGAUACACAGUCGUACGACAUACAUUUAGCUCUCUGAAGGAGGCGAACAGUCCUAGAGAUGCUGAAACAACAGAUGCUGAUUAGAUGGGCAGUCAAGACGAACAUCGUUCACACUCAUGUUUAAGAAAAUGAGCGGGCAUUAAGACUGUAUGAAUCUGUCGGGAAGAACAUUUUCUUCUUCUGACUCAGUGCUACUUGUAGUGUGAUCUGUGUUUCCGUCACUGUCUAGAGGAAGAGUGAGUGAGUAAAUGGGGCUUUGAGCCGCAUCAGCAAAUUUGCAGCUAUUAGCGGCUAGUCUAAAGGAAUAACAAGCAAUAUGUUUGCUGUAUCAUAUUACCUAUAAGGGAAGAAUGAUUGAGGAUAAUAACCUGAUAUAAUCUAUACAUUUGCAUGUUAGUGAUUCUCAGUGGUGACUGGCCAUUUAAAGCAAUAUGUCACACAUGCAAGCAUGACAUCAUCCAGCGUUCAUGACCUCACACACUGACAUCAUUCCCAGACCUCAACAAUAGGGGUUGACAUUUCAUUUGUUUUUCUUCAUGUUCCAUCUAAACUUAAGUGUUCUGUAUACUCUGUGUAGAUGGGGUGGGGUAGCCUAGUGGUUGAAGCGUUCGCUCAUCACGCUGAA